AUGGAGGCUCUGUGGGCCGCGCUGGACGAGGUGGCGCUGGAGGGGCUGGAGGGGCUGACGCCGGGCGCCCUGUGGGAGCGGCUGGCCGGCCGCGUCCCGCCCUUCCCGCUGCCCCUCGAGCCCGCCGCCCGGCAGCUCCUCUGGGCCACGCUGGCCGCCCAGCCCCAGCUCCGCUUCCACCUCCUCCCCCGGCCCCGGCCCCCGCUGCGCCUCUUCGACCGGUAUGAAGAAAUUGACCUUGAAACGGGCAUAUUGGAGACCAAGAGAGAUCCCAUUCCUGUUGAUGACAUUUAUCCCGUGCACAUGGUAGUAGACGACAGCAGUGGCAUCCAGGGUUCGUGCCAGUAUUUUAAAGAGAGGCUGGAUAUAACUGAUCAAAUCAGGACAAAGGACAUGCAGGCCUGCUGCACUUACACAGAGGCUUAUGACAAAUGGGGAGAGCAGUUACUCAUUGUUGCCUCCCAGGCUCUGCGGCACAGAGCACUGAUCGGAUGGGAAGGGGACCCGGAUCUAAAGCUUCCUGACUUCUCCUACUGUAUUUUGGAGCGGCUCGGGCGCGCUCGAUGGCAAGGGGAGCUUCAACGGGACCUCAGCGUGGCUUUCAAAGUGGAUGCCGGGAAACUUCACUACCACCGCCGGGUGCUGGACAGGAACAGGCUCAUCUCCAUGCAGUCCCACGUGAUCCGGCUGCCCUCUGGGGCCCAGCAGCACUCCAUCCUGCUGCUCCUGACCCGCUUUCACAUUGACAGGAGGAGCAAAUAUGAUAUCCUUAUGGAGAAGCUCUCUGGUAUGCUGAGCGGUCGGCCAGGACAGAUGGAGAUCUUGGGGAACAUUCGGGAGGAGCUGGGUCUCUGCGAGAAAACAUUCAAACGUCUCUAUCAGUAUAUGCUGAACGCUGGCUUGGGCAAGAUCGUGUCCGUCCCGUUGCAGAACAUGCGCCCCGAAGGGGGUCCCUUCAAGACCAAGAGGGGAACGGAUGUCAUGGUCCGUUGCCUGAAGCUCGUAAAGGAGUUCCGGAAGAAGGUGGAUGACUACCACGAUGACGACGAUGAAGAGGUGAUCACCAAGACGGUGCAGCCCAUUGACGUGGUAUACGAGAAGGACAUGCUGACGCAGGCGUAUGAGCUCAUAGAAAGCUGGGGGACCAAAGGUAUUUCCCAAGCUGAGCUUCGAGCUGCUAUGAACGUGGGGAAGCUCGAGGCACGGAUGUUGUGCCGCCUCUUGGAGCGGUACAAAGUGAUCAAGGGGUUCAUGGAGGACGAAGGCAGGCAGCGGACAACCAAGUACAUCACCUGCACCUUUGCGGAAGAGAGCGACCUGAGCCGGCAGUUUGAGCGUGAGAAGGCCCGGAGCGAGCAGCUGGCCUUGGCUAGCACUUCUGCAGCCCAGGAAGACUCCUUGCCUGGGGAGGAGUUCUCGCCCGGGGAGGAGGAGACACUGCUCUCUGAAUUGGUGAAUGAGGAGGAGGAAGAGGAGGAGGAGAAAGAUGGCGUGGGGGCAAGGAAGGCUGGCGUGGGGCCGCGGCUGAGGCUUCCUUUUCAAGGAGGCCUGUGCCAGGCAACCCCAACCAAAGCCAGGAAAUCGGCAGCUCCAGCGACCCUGGGCAGGAUGCGGCCUCCGUUGCACUCCCCAGGAUACCCAGAAGAGCUUCCUGAACACUCUGCAGAUGAUGAUUCUGCUUCAGAUAUGCUGAAGCAAGAAACCACUCUCUCCUCAUGCGCCCACUCUGCAGAUGACGCCGGGGACGUGGUGGUGGUUGAGGAAGUGAGGCUUGAAACCCCCAAAAAGACCUGGGAUGACAGAAGGAAGGAGAAGCGCCCUCGGGCCUCGGCAACUGAGCGCUCGCAUGAGACCUACCGCCUCCUGAAGCGGCGCAACCUCAUCAUUGAGGCGGUCCAAAACCUCCGCUUGAUUGAGAGCUUGUUUGUGCUCCAGAAGAUGGUCAUGGAUCAAGAGAAGCAGGAAGGGGUCUCCACGCGGUGCUGCAAGAAAUCCAUCAUACGCUUAGUGCAGCGGCUCUCCCAGGAAGGGCUGCUGCGCCUGUACCGCACCACCGUCAUCCAGGAUGGGGUCAGCAAAAAGGUGGAGUUUGUGGUCGACCCCUCCAUUAGCCCCAACGACCCGCUGGUGAAAAGUGCCAUUGAGCAAGUGCGGUUCCGGAUCUCAAACUCGAGCAGCGUGACUAGGAUUAAAGUUCCCCAGACGCCAACCUCUCAGGAGUCGGGGGUCGGAGCCCCUUGGAGUGAGAUGGAAGGCUGCUCCUCUCCCUCUGGGACAGAGGGGGCCGGCAGGCUGUGUGGGGCGGGGGAGAAGGUGCACCCCACCAAGUUCAGCUACCACCCUGUGACAGUGCCAGGCCUUGGACGCUCCCUGGGCUUCCUCCCCAAAAUGCCUCGCCUCAGGACAGCCCACCUUUUCUUCUGGUACUUGGUUUAUGGGCACCCUUGGAAUCCGUCGCAGAGCCAAGCAGACUGCGGCAACAACCCCACGCGCGGCAGUGUGCCAGGACCUGACUCCUCCUGUCCCCUUGCGGUUCCAUCAGGGGGGGAGGAGUCUGACACAGCACAGGGGUGGAGCUGCCCUGCCCCCACCCAGGAGAUGGAAGUGGAACUCGGGGAGCAAGCAGUGUACGUGGACGAGGCCUCGUGGAAGCGUCACAUCCCUCCCCUCCCAGCCCACAGAGAAUUUGGCCACGGAUGGGCUCUUGUGAGCGACAUUUUGCUCUCCCUGCCUCUCUCCAUCUUUGUCCAGAUCAUCCAAGUCAGUUAUAAGGUGGAUAAUCUGGAGGAGUAUUUAAAUGAUCCCCUGAAGAGGCACACAUUGAUCAGGUAUCUCCCCAGAUCAAUUAGACAAAAGCUGCUUUAUAAAAGGAGGUACAUCUUUUCUGUCGUGGAGAGCCUGCAGCGACUGUGUUACAUGGGGCUGGUGCAGUUUGGUCCCACAGAGAAGUUCCAAGAAAAAGAUCAGGUGUUUGUAUACAUCAAGAGGAAUGCCGUGAUUGUGGACACCACCAUUUGUGAGCCCCACUACAAUUUGGCUCAAAGCAGCCGCCCUUUCGACCGGCGCUCGUAUGUUCUGAGCACUCUGCAAGACGUGGAGAAUUUCUGGUUUGACCUGCAGUGCGUCUGCCUGAACACGCCCCUCGGAAUCGUCCGCCAUCCCCGUGCCAAGAGAAGUGGAACCUCAGUGGACAACGCUGAUGCGGGCGUUGCUCUGGAUGCAACGUUGGAGCAAGAGUCAGCGGCGCACAGGCACAAUCUGGAGCGCAAGUGUGCUAUGCUGGAGUACACGACAGGACGCCGAGAGGUUGUGGAUGACGGUUCCAUUCCUGGAGAUGGGCUGGGAGCAGGCGGGCUGGAUUCCAGCUUUUACGGCCACUUAAAACGCAACUGGAUUUGGACAAGCUACAUUAUCAACAAGACCAGGAAGGAGAAUGCCGCUUCUGAAAUUGGGCACACCGUGAGACUCCAGACCUUCCUGACCAGACGCCCCCUUCCACUGGGCACCAGAGGUGGCGGUGGUCCUCCGUGGGGAGAAGGGCUGCUGGGGGCAGAAGUUCCUGCCCAGAAAGAAGACUUAGUGGAGAUCGAGAAAGAAGCGGCGCUGAACAGGAGCAAGAGAGUGAGGGGCGGGAAGAGCCAGAAGCGGAGGCGGCCAAAGAAGGAGCUGGGGAAGAAGACAAAGAAGCGGAAGAGGAAGAGAGAGGGCCCCCCCGGAGAAAAGAGCAAAAAGCCCCGCUACCAUGACGAGGCAGAUCAGAGCGCCCUGCAGAGGAUGACUCGCCUGCGUGUCACCUGGACUGCGCCAGAGGACAGCCUGCUGAUGCUGUGCCGGAUUGCAAGUAAUGUGCUGAAUGCCAAGGUCAAGGGGCCCUUCGUCCCAUGGCAGGUGGUCCGAGACAUCAUGCAUGCCAGCUUCGAAGAAUCCUUGGAUAAGACGUCUCAUUCAGUUGGAAGAAGAGCCCGCUACAUUGUCAAGAACCCACAAACCAACCUCAAUUACAAGGUGUGUCUGGCUGAAGUCUACCAAGACAGAGCACUGAUUGAGGAUUUCAUGAGCCGGAAGAACAACUACCAGGACCCCAAGACGUGCGCGGAAGAAUUUAAGGAGUUUGUGGACAGACUGAAGGUGAAGUUCAGCUCCACCCUGGGGAAUCCCCGGCCGGCCAUUCCAGACACUCUGGAGGAGCUCUUCCGCAGGUUUCGAGUUCUGGCAAUUGGAGAUGAAACCAGCCACAGCAAGAAGGAGGACGGGCUCAGCAGCGUGGUUGACAUCCACUUCCUGGUGCUGCAGAACCUGAUCCAGAGCACCCUGGCCCUCUCGGACAGCCAGAUGAAGUCCUGCCAGUCCUUCCAGACCUUCCGCCUGUACCGGGAGUAUCGGGAUGACAUUCUGGUGAAAGCUUUCUUGGAUUGUCAGCGGAAAAGCCUGGUGAACCGUCGGCGGGGCAAUCACACCCUGGGGCCCCGGAAGAGUCGGGCGCUGCCUUUUGUGCCCAUGUCCUACCAGCUCUCUCAGAGCUACUACAGGCUGUUCACGUGGCGUUUCCCCAGCACUCUCUGCAGCGAGGCGUACCAGUGUCUCCUGAAGCUCAAGGAAGCUGGCGAGCAGGAUCAGCCGGCUCGCUUUUCUUUCAAGGACCAAGACGACCCGCCUGCCUCGGAGAUGGUGACCUUUCCUCUGGACGGGCCAGGGGGCUUUUGCGCCGCCAUCCUGGCCCUCUUCUCUCUUGGCUUGGUGUCUGUGGACGUGACGAUCCCAGAGCAGAUCGUGGUGGUGGACAGCACCAUGGUAGAGAACGAAGUCAUCAAAAGUUUGGGGAAGGAGGGCGUGGAGGAAGAGGAGGAGGAAGAGGAGGACUUGGAUGAGAGCGCUGCCAACAAGCCCCGCAUAGAGGUGAAGGCCCGCCAGGCCUCGCACACCAACUACCUGCUCAUGCGAGGCUAUUACUCCCCGGGCAUCGUCAGCACCCGGAACCUGAGCCCUACAGACAACAUCGUCGUCAAUUCCUGCCAAGUGAAAGUGAAGCUGAGGGAGACCCCUGCUUGGGAUGGCUUCCUGGGCCGAGAUCCGCUGGACCUGGUGAGCCUGCCUGUCGGAGCCUCCUGCCUGCCCAAGUCCUUCACACGGCUCAUCACCAUCCAGGAGGAGGCGGCGACGGCGGAGGAGCAGCUUCUGCUUCGGUCCCUGGAGCAUCGUGGUUACAGCGCCAGAGAGCUUGCUGCCGUCAUUGAGCUCUACGAGGCCAUCCAGGCCGCUUCCCACUUUGGGGUGAACGGGAGCGACCUGGCCAGGCAGUUCCAGCACUACGAGGAUGCUGGUGUCGACUGCACCCGGCUCUUGCAGGACCUGCUUGACCUGGAGCAGGUGUUGGAAGUGGGGGGCCACACCACUCGGCUGGUGGCAAGGAAAUGUGCCAGGCCAUGGCUCUUGCAUUCCGUGUCUCUCGAGGAGGACGUUGGCAAGAGUCUGAAAAGCAGAGUGACCCAGAGGGAGCCUGCUGAACAGGGCAGGGAGCUGCAGCGGAAAAGCCCCGCCUCCCCUCCGCCGGCAGAGCCAGAGCCAGCAAGGAAAAGGCAAAAGACGGAGCCGGACAAGAAGGGGGGUGGGAACGAGGCCUCCCAAAGCGAGGCCUGUCUGGGGGGAGGAGCAGGCGAUCCCCUUCGAGAUGCCGCCGGCUGCACCUCUGCUGUGGCAGGAGAGGACGAAGGCGCUUUGCAAGGAUCCGGCGUGGCCUCAGAGGAAGGGAUCGGUGCCUCUGGGGGGAAAGCCGACACACAGAACAGCCAGCAAGGAUUGGGCUGCAGAAAUCCUGCUGGGGAACCUCGAGGGGAAGAUCUGUCACAGCCGGAAGGCCCUGGCGGCUCCAGCGAGUGCGCCACAGAGAACGUCAUGCAGGCGGAAGAGGAACGUGGGAACACCUACUUUGUCGGGCGUCCCUGGCGCAUUGUGGAUGGCAGCCUGAACAAGCCGGUGUGUAAAGGCAUCAUGGAAGGGGUGCUGUGCCACGUCAUGACAAAGCCCGGCAUCACGGAGUCGGCCCUGUGCCACCAUUACCUGGGGGUCCUGCAGCCCAUGGCGCUCCUGGAGAUCCUGCAGGGCCUGGAAGCACUGGGCUGCAUCCGGAAAUUCUGCCUGAAGCAGCAGCAGGUGCCCUCCCUCUUCUCACGGCCCCCGCUGGAGGAGGAAGUGGCUCGCCCCAAGCUGGGUGAGGCCCCCGUCGCCUUCUACGAGCCAACAGUGGCCUGCACCCUGCAGAUGGGCCGCGUGUUCCCCUACGAACUGAACUGGAGCAAGUGGGUGUAG